AUGCCCCGAAAAUCCCAAAAGAAGCAAACGCGACUCUCAUUUGCUGCCAUACCCUCAGCACCAUCCGGAGAAGGCAGCGAAGAAGAUAGUGAGCGCUUCCGAACACUCUCAUAUGGACACCCAAGUCUAGCCUCUGUGCGCCCGAAAAAAUUGCGCAAGGCCCAAGCAGCAUCACCGGAGAAGAGCUCUUUCAAGAAAGAAACGGGCCCAAAGUUGAAGGAAGAGUCUGAGAAUGAAGUCCCAAAGAGGCUUAAAAAAGCGAGCACGCAAUCGUCGCAAAGCACAGAGUCCUCCGACAACCAAAUACUCGUUUCCAGCGGUUCGAAGAGAAGAAGACGUGUUCCGGCCAACUUCGAGAUAGAAACCGCCGUGAGUGCCUCCAAGGCCGACAACCCCAAGAAUGAGAAGAAGUCGCGGCGCCGUGCGCCCUCGCCUGUCCAACCCGCAGAACCGGAGGAAACGCCUCGUCCACGUCGCAAGUUGAAGCGGAAGGCAGAAAGCUCCCCAGUUAUAAACCUCGACUCGAGUGACUCGGAACAACCGGUGAUAACCCCAUCUGCCCAACCUGUUGAUGAAGAGGAAACGCCUCGCCAACGUCGCAGGUUGAAACGAAAGGCAGAAAGCUCUCCAGUAAUAAAUCUCGACUCGGACGAUUCGGAGGAGCCCGUCAUGUCUUCGCCUGUGAAACGGAAGAGGUUGAUAGCGGGUCCGAGGACGCCUGAGACGCCUCGUGGCAGUGGUAACCAAGACGACAUGGACAUUGAGGAGGAUGUGAAAGAUCUCGAGGACUCAGUGGUUAAAAAGACACGAACGCGAGGCCACCUUCAUGGAUCGGCACGAGACAAGAGAUUCAAAACUUUGGAAGCUAUCCGCCGCAAGCGCUUAGGGCUGAAACCAGAAAGCGACGACGAACUUUCAAUUGGUUCCGAAGAAGAAGAAAACCAAGAUACCCCAGAUGAGCAAGAAGCUGAAGGCGACGAGGAGGAAGACAACAACAGCGACGCUGAAUCGGCGCACCCAAGUAACGAAGAUCUCGAUGCCUACGAAGACGACUUUGUUCUCGAUGACGACAGCGUGCUACUGGGUGUCCCCACCGAAGAAAUUCCCCUUGAAUUCACACGGCAUGCGUACAAGAAACCCAAAGACUACUUCCGCGACGUAGUUGGCUGGAUGGUAUUGAAUCGGCUGGACCCCGCAUUCCCGCGCUCCGACGCAAUGUACGAGAUGGCCUUCAUGAAGCUAGAGGACGAAGUCAAGGGCCGAGCAGGCUCCCAAUUAAUUUCGUCAGUCUGGAACGCCGACUUCCGAUAUUCGCUGCUGGCACGUCCGCAAAUUGAGAUAACGAGCUAUCCCACAUUCGACGAUCACCCGUGUGAUGCUUGCAAUCGAUCCGGUCACCCCGCAUCAGUCGACAUGAAGUUAUACGGCAAGCCCUAUUCUCUACAGACGCUUGAGGCGCUCCACGACAGCGACGCAGACACCUCCAGUCAAAGCCAGGCCAACGAUUCAGACUCAGACGAAGAGGGGAGCAAAGCGCGUGGUGUGGACAAGGAUCGACAGGGACACAAAUUGCCGGAUGAAAAUUCGCGGUUCCUUUUAGGCCGACAAUGCGCGGCCAAAUCAAGACUAGCACAUACCCUCACCCAUUGGCGGUAUCAUCUCAAUGAAUGGGUUGUUGAUUAUCUUGAUCGGAUGGGCCAUAUGGCUGAUGCUGAGGUCUUGCGCCGUAAUGCUCUGAGCCAAAAGCGGAAGACUAGAAAUGGGAUUGCGGUCCUCGAAGGGAUGGUUGAAGCUGGUGAGGUCGAGAAGCUUUGGCGGGACUUCCACAAGAAUUUGAAGUCUGCCCGAGACACAAUGUAA